AUGCCAUGGUCUCUCUUAACAAAGAUGGAUGAAUCCCAUAGAAGUGAAGUCACGGCAAGGAGAAGGGCUGAGAGUUCUGGGGAGACUUCAGGAUUUCUAGCAGUGACUUCCAGUUGGUUCAGUGGCAAUGAAAGCCACCGCCAGUGGACGGAAGCCUGGGGGAUAAGAAACAAGGUGGUGGACACUGCAAGAACAAGUUCUUGGAACACCUAUGACAAAUAUGUGUGGGGGGGCCCCGGUGGCUCGCUCGCGCUCCGGCUGCACCUCCCGGUGCGCGCCGCGGCGGCGCCACAGGCCCCUGGACCCUUCGACCAGCGCCCUCCGGCCGCCCGUCCCGCGCGGCCCGCAGCCGGGACCGGCGAUGGCGCGGGACUGACGGCCGCCUCCCCGCUGGCGGCGCCCACGGGUCACCCCGAGCCCCCGAGGCCGCGGGGGGACAGCGCCGGGGAGCCCGGGCCGCGCGCCGCCCCCGCGGAGCCGAGCGGCGGUGGCUGCGGAAGCGACUCGGGCUGUGCGGACACGAGCUCCCCGGAGCCCGAGAGGAGCCAGUGGGGCCCGGACGGGAGGAGGACCCGAGCGCCCGGGCAGCCCGCGGGACUGGCACUUACCGGGCCCCUCAACCCACAGACUUUGCAGCAGCAGCUGGAAGAGGAGGAGGAAGCUGGGGACCGAAACCAGGGAGGGGAUGAACGGCAGGACGCGUCCCCAGGCGAGGAGCCGGAGCCCAGGACCCGCGUCGGGGCCGCGGACGAACUGGUCCUGGACGUGCUGGGUCAGCGGCGCCCGAUCCCCGCCAAGAGGCAAGUUUUUUGCUCCGUGUUCUGCGUGGAGAAUGACCUGCCCGAGGCCCCCACCGCGGAGCAGCUCUCGCCGCCGGUGUCUUCACCUCGGGCUCCGCCGGUGACGAACGCUCCCAGCACCCCCUCCUCCUUCCCCAGCCCCCGGCUGUCCCUCCCAACAGACCCCCUGUCCCCCGAUGGCGGCAGCAUCGAGCUGGAGUUCUACCUGGCGCCCGAGCCGUUCUCCGUGCCCAGCCUGUUGGGAGCUCCACCCUACUCUGAUCUGGGUGGGGUAGGGGAUCCCUACGUGCCCCUCAUGGUGCUGAUGUGCCGGGUGUGCCUGGAAGACAAGCCCAUCAAGCCCUUGCCCUGCUGCAAGAAGGCCGUGUGCGAGGAGUGCCUCAAAGUCUACCUGAGCUCCCAGGUACAACUUGGCCAAGUAGAAAUCAAAUGCCCUAUCACAGAAUGUUUUGAAUUCCUGGAAGAAAGAACAAUUGUCUUUAACUUAACACAUGAAGAUUCCAUCAAAUAUAAGUACUUCUUGGAACUUGGCCGUAUUGAUUCCAGCACCAAGCCAUGUCCUCAGUGCAAGCACUUUACAACCUUCAAGAGAAAAGGACAUAUCCCCACCCCUUCCAGAUCAGAAAGCAAAUACAAAAUCCAGUGCCCCACUUGCCAAUUCGUCUGGUGUUUUAAGUGCCACUCUCCUUGGCAUGAAGGUGUUAACUGCAAGGAGUACAAAAAAGGGGACAAAUUACUGCGUCACUGGGCCAGCGAAAUUGAGCAUGGACAGAGAAAUGCCCAGAAGUGUCCAAAGUGCAAGAUCCACAUCCAGAGAACUGAAGGAUGUGACCAUAUGACCUGCUCACAAUGUAACACUAAUUUUUGUUAUCGAUGUGGGGAAAGAUACCGCCAGCUCCGUUUCUUUGGAGACCACACAUCAAACCUCAGUAUAUUUGGCUGCAAAUAUCGCUACCUCCCAGAGAGACCUCAUCUAAGGAGAUUAGUGCGAGGGUCGGUCUGUGCUGGAAAAUUAUUCGUUGCACCUCUAAUCCUGGUCUUGGGAUUAGCACUAGGGGCCAUAGCAGUUGUAAUCGGUUUAUUUGUAUUUCCUAUCUAUUGCCUUUGUAAAAAACAGAGAAAGCGAUCACGGACAGGAAUGCACUGGUAAAAUGUGGAUGAUUUCAUGGAACAAAGCCGGUCCGGGUAGGAGCCACACAGAAUAGCCCACUCAUCUGAGACUCACGUCUUGAAAAACACUGCGUCCUGUCCCCCUGUGGUUGUCAGCAGGCCACAGUGGCUCUCGCUCCGGUGCACUCCCUACAUGGUAUCCUGAUUCCUUUCCUUAUACAAUUUGCUGCUUUUAAAAAAUGGUCACUUUCAUAGACUAUAAACAUCUGUAUCAUAACUCUGACCUUCUUACUGGUUCUUGGAAGAAACUAUUUUCAUUAAGAACCAGUUAUCCUCAGAAUUGUCUGAGCAUGCCUCUCCUGAGCGUUGUUUGGACGGGCUUUGUACCUGCACCUCCUUCCAGGCCCUCUUCUGAGACUUGGUGUGAAUAGCUGAAACCAUCCCACCUGUACAAACCAGCAAAGCCGCUUCGCAGAAGGUAAAGACUCGCCAUAUGCACCUGUUUUGAUCUGUGGCCCGAGCAGGAUAAUUCCUUCAUCCUUCAGAUGCUAGAAUUGUUAAAAAUCUCAGUGCCCAAAAGGGAACUAGUGAAACAAAAUUAAUGAGAAGAAUCAUGAGUUACUGAAGUGUAUCUGUGCAGGGGUGUGAGUGUGUGUAUGUAAGUAUCUGUAUUAAAAUUAGGUCCAAUAACCUUAUACUUGUCAAGUUCUGUGCCUCUACACUAUUUUUCCAUAUUUUCAUAGACAUAUUUAAAGAUGAUCGUUCUUUUCUGGGCAUAUUUUGGUGAUGUACUGAAUUAAAGUCGAUGUAGACAACAGUCUAUUUUGAUGUUGACCCUUUCUAUUCCUUGCUCUCUCUCUCUCUGUCUCACAUACAUGCACACACACCAGAAAUGUGUGCAAUGUCACCUCAAGGAUCACCAAACUUCUUUAACUGACAAAACUGAUAGGUUGCUUUUAGGAAAUUGUCAAGACCAGAACGUUCAGUCUUUUCAGAUUUUUUAUAUUUUGGCAUACAUGCUUUACUAAAUGAACAAAUCCUUCAGACAGGAUUAGUUAAUUUUAAAAAAAAUUUGCUGUAGCGAGAACUGCUUAAGCCCUUAAACAAAUCACUGUUCUGCUAAUUUUUUUAAUCCACUUGUAAUUAGAGAUAAUUCUGCUUCAGGUCAAGUUGUGAUAGUAUUGGAAAACCCACCUUCUUACCUCUUCUCUCUUUUUUUUCUCUUAUCUGUUUUCAAGAUUUUCAUUAAAAAAUACAGUUUUGAAGGGUUUUUCUUAUGUUUACUGCUCAAAUACUAUCAAAUGUGUUGAUAUCAUCUUAUGGAUGGGCUAAUGUGAAAACAAAGCUUUUUGUGUUCAUGGGUUUAUCUAACAUAGAAAGAGUUUUUGGAAAAAUGAAGGAAAUAUCUUCAGGAAGUUUUACCAAACUGAGACGUCUUUAACAAUAAGAAAAGGACAAGCAACUAAACUGUGUUAUUCCUUUGUUUUCAUCAUGGAAGUUCAUCAGCAGAAUGCAAGUAAAGACUGCUAAGAAGCCUGAAGUUUCCACUUGUCUCCAAAUUCUUAAAAUUAGCUAUCUGCAUAGAUGUAGCAUUUAUUUGUCAGCAACCUUAUCUGAAUGGUAAUAUAUUCUGUGAUAAAACAUGCAUUAACAUGGAUAGUUUGUCUUGUUGGGCUCCAAAGUAGAAAAACAUUGAUCAUUUUUAUCAGACCUAGAAAGUCCAUGAUAGUGAAGGUUACUUGCAUGGACAGUGAGCUCGCACACUUCCAUUCUUUCUGAAUAACACUCAGAAUAGCUGGACUGCAGUUUCUGGACUAGUCUACAUUCAGUUAGAGGAGGGUGUGCCAUUUAUGAUUCUACAAUGACAUAUUUCUAAACAGAACAUGAUGCAAGGAAAAGUGAUGCUGUAAUUUCACAAAUUCAUCUUUACCAUUCAGCCAGCCAGCCAACAAAUAGUUUUGAGUGCCUAUUCUAUGUGCUCUAGUAUUAAAACAAGAGAAUGAAAAUUUCUAUCCUAAAUCCAUGCAAUUUUGUCAUUAGAGUGCUUAAUUUUUGUAAAUUCAAUUUUUUUUGGACUUAGGUGUUAGUUCGACGAUACGUGAAUGCCAUGAAUUCUAAAUCUAGUGGAUAUGUUAAUGUAUGGUAUGUGUAUAUACAUAGACACAUAUCUAAUAUUUCCAUAACUGUAUGUAAAUACAAAUGCCACAUGCAUAUAUACCAACUGGCUAAAUAAUAUACUCUCUGGUCUUAGAUAAUCUGUUUUCUUAGGUUAUUGUAUAUCUUGUCUUUUACCUACUCAGGGAUUUUUAUUCCUUCCUUUGAAUAAGUUAUCCUUUGGAGAUAAUUUUUUUAUUAUUUAGAAAUGUUCCGGUUUUCCAAUUACAACGUGAUGUCUGUCAUCAGUGAAGGCUCUUUCAUCAAUGCUUGAGAUACUAUACACAGUGUUGCACAGGAUUUUCAUUUUUCUAUUGCAUAGAUUUUUUAAAUUAAUGUAUACAAUUUUCUCUUUCAAAGUCGGUGUAUAUUAGGCCUUUCCCUGAUAGUGAUUUAAAGUAAAAAUUUGUGAAUGCUUUUACUAAGUGUCAUCAAGAUCUUAAAAAGAAAGAAGAAAAUAAGGAUUAUUUGUAUGUUAGUGCCAACAUUGAAAGUAAAACAGUAGUAACUUUUGGGAUAAAUUCUAAAAGCUACUUUAGAAAAAGAAGUGUACACAUAAAAUAAAUAUCAUUCUAUCCAAAGUUUGUCAUUUUUUUAUUGUAAAUGUAAUAUAUACUCCUUUAAAAAAAAUCAAACCAUAUAGAAUUAUAAAAUACAAAUUCAUCUGCUCUGCCCCACCCUUUAUUUUCCAGGGGUAACCACUGUUAAUGUUUUGAAAUAUGCCCUUCCAGAAACUUUGUGCAAAUAUGCAAGUGUGUUUGUAUAUGUCCAUGUGUAUUAGUUUUAUACAAAUAGAACAGUAGUCUUAAUGUCCUUUGACUAUUUUUCGUUUUAUUAUACAUUAGUAGACACCUUUCCAUAAGUGUUUAAAUAGAUUUACCUCAUUCUUUUGUAAAUUACUAUAUAUUCCAUUGUGGGGCUAUACUUUACUUAAUGAGUCCCUAUUGAAUGGACAUUGAGAUUGUUUUUACUUCUCUAUUACAAAGCAUCAGUGAAGAUUUUUACAUAUAUUUUUAUCACUUUAUGUACACAUUUCCAUAACUUUUAAAAUUUGUUUUUUAUAAGAUAUUUGUAAUAGAAAUUUAAUGUGUUUUCAGUGAAUGAGAUCAUGAAGAUACUAUAUUUGAGACCCUUUUCUUGGAGGAAAAAAAAGAUUAUGUAGGCGUUUUAUGUAGGAGUUUUUAAAGAAAAGCGUCUUUUGCAGGAUAAUUUCCCCGUUUGAUUAGCCAAAUAAAUAUGUGGCCAAAACGUAUAAUGGAAAGUCCAUCUUAUUCCAAUAAAAAAAAAAUGCAAUGAGAUGUUUAUAAGAUAAUGUGAGAUGUCUACAAGAUGUCUGUAAGAUACACUGAUAUUUGGAUUGCCUCGUUUUAAAAUUGUAGGGAUUUAAAGCAAAUAGCUAAACUGAUAAUGUUUGUCACAUUUUUUUAAAACACUAUCCAUGUUCAUGCAUGUUGCACCACAAAGGAACUUAAUUAUGCCAUUGUGAAAAAUAAGAAACAAUAUUUUGGAAAUUAUGGAUGACCACAAUUAUCUACAAAAAAUAAAUUUGACUAUUUGUAAGGUUUGGUAGUUUGUUGGGAUGCUUAUAAAUUUGGAAUCACGUGAAACAUUUAUUUUAUGACGAGUCCCAGAAGUUCCCUAAGACCUUCUGAAUGUGGAUCUGAGAAGAGGAGAGGAGUCAAACCUUUUGGUACAAGCAACAACCUGUUGCCACAAGCUUGGUCUUCUGCUAGGUGCUAUUUAUCCUAAAGGUAGAACUGACAGGAAAACAAUCAACGAUUAUUAAACACAGUCUGAUCACAACGUGUUCUCUUUCAUUGAGCUUGCUCGGCUGUGCCUAUCUGAAAAUUCCCUGUCCUGUGCCGACCACCGUCUCUUGAGGCCCAAGCCCCCAGCUGAGCCUUAAUUAUUCAAUCCUACCACCCAAAUGAUCUCUGGCUCCCCUAAAAUAUCAAACCCCUGUCAUCUCGUCCAGUCCCUGCUGACUCUCCCCAACCUGGUUUUUCUCCACUCCUCUGAUAACUCUUAAUUGGCUCCUCAUCACUGAAAAAGAGGCGGAGGAACUGGACGGGAGGAAAAGCUCACUCUGGCAUGUGCAAUGCCUCGGUAUUCCUUCCUGAGCUUUGUCGAGUUCAGGUACACCCGCCAAGACCUGAUCCAGCUUCUCCCUUGUCAAACGUUGCAGUUGUUUGUAACAUUAGACUUUAUGCUGCCUGUUAAGUUCAUAAUUACAGGAAAAGCUAGUGGCCUAAAUGAGAUUAAUUGGUAUACUUCUUUAAGUGUGAAUUUUUUUAAAUCAUGCCAAAAGCCAUUUUAUUUUUGAAUUUUAGGAGCAAACUGCACAUAUGCCUUAAUGUGAGUCUUCACAUUGGAUUAAGUGCUUAUCUUUUCAUAUCUGUAGCUGAAGUCUAUCCCAGUUCUUGAAAGUAAUUUUUCUUGCGGUCAGCUUUAUUGUUUUGUGUUAGUGUCUAUUAUAAAUAGAGCCUUAAAAUUCAAUAAUGCACUUUAAAAUACUUGUGCCAUUUAAGUAAUUCGACAGAAUUAAAGAAGGGGUUACAUAUAUUUCGAUGGAGACAGUAGAAUAACAGUAUUAGUAAAUAUAUGUCACCUCUAAAUUUGGGGUGGGGGGGAGAGAAGGAUGGAAAUCAUAGCGGAAAAUUAAAACAAGUAAAACAUACCUGAAAAAAAUGUAACUGAGUUUCUGAAAUUAUAGUAAUUCUAAAAAUUGGUAUCAGGAGCUCAAACAUAAUAAGUAAUUAAUAAAUGUUACCUAAUAACCUAGCUGGAAUGUUUGUUUAAAAUAUUGAUUUCUACUGCAUUUUAACUGUAUUUUCAUUUUUUAUGAAAUCUAAAAAAGGAAUUCCACUGGCUAGAAACAUAGUAAAUCAAAACUAUCACCAACAGCCAGUCUGAGCAUUAUUUUUAAAAAUUGUUGUACUUUAAUUAUGAUCUUUUCUUCUUCCUCUGGAAAAUAAGUUGCAAAAUGCCAUUUUUAAUGUGCACAUCUACAAUUAUGUAAUAAAACUGAAAUAACUUUAGGGAAGCAUUAAUACAUGGUCUGAACAAAAUCAGAGUUCUAAAAACUGGGGAGUCUUCAGGAUUGUGAAAUGUUACCUUUUCAGUGUAAACCAAUGAUGCAAAUCUUUAAAGGAGAAAUGCGGUAGAACUCCUUUAUAACUCUGGUUUUGAGGAUAGGGCUAAUACUCAUUUCAUAGCCAACUGUUAUGUGGGACUGUUACUGUACAUCCCUGUUCUGAGAGUAGUAUUUCAGCUGACUUUAUCCAAAUCCAAGGAGCAGAGAGUCAUAUAGUGCGAGACUUGUCAUUAAUUGUCUGUUUGGAGCAUUAGCUGAAGCUGUCAUAUAUCAGUCACAGAACUUUUAGAUCCCCGCAUGUAGUGCCCACUGUAGAAGCAUGUAAUUAUGUGUAUCACGAACUAUAUUCUUUUUUUUUUUUUAGCUAAAAAGGUGACAGUUUUGAGAAUGACAGUAUGACUUACAAGGCAAAAAAUUAUUUUUUUAAAUAUACAAAAUAUUGCUACUGCCUUUUUUUAGCCAUUUUCUUUUAGCUUAUAAAAGAAAUUUCAUUAGGUAUAUUUAACUCCGCAUUACUUAGGUUAUACAGACUUAUUGGCAUAGAAAAUAUUUCGUUUUUGAAGUUUAUCCCACAUUUUUGUCACUGUGUUAUCAUUAAUAUUAAAUGACUUUCUUCCCUCUUUUCGAAGUAAUCUUCAUGUACUUCAACAACCAGUUCCUGUUUUCUUUAGAUUUCCUAGUUACCUUGUUUUUUCCCUCUUCUGUCCCCUUCCCAUCUUGGCCAACUGUGGAUUAAAUUCCAUCUCACCAUUAACUCUUGACUAAUGAAAUGAAACUCAAAUACGGAAUCGGACUCCAUAAUUUGGCUCUGGUCAUGAACAUAAUUUACCUCGCUUACUUUUUAAGUUGAAAUGUGUGAGGAGUACCCGGAACACUGCCCCUCUUCUUGAUAGGAGUUGGAGAACCCAGCCCAGCCCCUCUGACAAGAAAUAAAAUGAAUGAGAAGAUGUCAGUUGGAUCAGAGAGCCUAAUAAUACUCUAAGACCAACCUUCAGAAAUUGCUUCAUGAAUAUUGUAAAGUCAGUGUUGUGUUUGCAUAUUAGUUGGACAGAAAGCACGUGUGGGUAUUCAUCUAACCUGAUCCCGAGCCAUUCACGAUUCAUCCAAAAUGGCCACAUGUCUGAUUUGGGGUCUUUGUGUCCGCAAAAAGUUCUACAGCUUUGGUCCUGGAUUCAUGUAGUGUAGCAUUUGUAUAUAAGAUUUGACCAUGGAUUCAUACUCUGUGAACAUUAUUAGACUUUGGUAAUAUAAAGUAGUAACGUUGAAUGUAACUGACAUUAGCCUUAUUCUAGAGAAACCAUUUGUCAUUUGCAAAUGUUUAACAUUUUCAGUGAUAUGACUUAGGUAUAAGUACACUCAAGAUAUAUUUAGCAUAGGUUUGGCAUAUGAUAUGGGAAAAUCCAAGGGAAAGUCAAACUUGGGUGUUAAAGGGCACCAGAAAUUGCUGAAAUAAUGCCAUUUCAGAUUUUUCCAGAUUUCCCCAUAUUUUUCCAGAUGUGCUAUUGGUCAUCAGUUUCCUGGAAAGCUGUUAGGUGUUCACCUCAUGUCCCAGGUAGGGAAAUAUUCUCAAUAAUCCAGUCAAAUUCUUAAAAAUAAUAUUUCUUCAUUAACAUGUCCAAAUAUACUUUUACUGAUUCUUUCAUGUAAACACUAUCUAAAUAUUUUACAUAAUAUAUUUGAAUAUUUUUAGUUUAUAGAAAAUUAGCAUGCUUUAUAAAGAAAAUUCUAGAUAAAGUAUCAUGAGUUUUUAUCAGCUGACUACAAGCGCCUUCCCUAAGGCCUUUUUUUUUCAAGUUCCAUAUGGCAAUACCCUAAUUUUGUUAUUUGAUCAUUUUCAUCAUAAUUAAAAUUCUGUAUAUGGCAUUGAAAAGAGCAAACCAGCCUUAUAUUUCUUAUGACACCUAGAACAGUAAUUGGUUAAUAUAUAUACAUUGCCAUUUACAAGAACAACUUCUUACACAUUUUUAAUGUAAAAAUUAAUUGACAAUCCUGUUGCUUAUUUGAAAUUAAUUAUUAAUAAGCAGUAAAUUCUGAGAGAUCACAGAAAUAAUUAUGUGUAGAAGGAACACAAAAACAGUGUAAUUAAAAUGUUGUUAACACAUUAUAAAGAAACCACAAAGGCUAGUUGUUUUGUUUUUAUUUUAGACAAAAUUGGGCAUAAGAUAUAUUCAUGAAACAAAAAUAUUUAUAUAUAUGUAUGCCUAUUGCAAGACUGUGGGACAAUUAAAUUAUUCACAUUCUCUUUUAUUUCACAGAGUAUAAAAUGCUAAAAAGAAAUACAUUUGAGUCUUUAAUCUGUUAUCACUGUAUAUUCAGAAAUUACAAUUCUAAUGUAUAAUUUUCAUUUCCUAUAUGAAUUAUCAGAAUAUGUCCCAUUUUAAUUAUAUUCUCAUGAGCAAUAGCAAAGGAGAAGAAAUUUCUUAAUUUUAAAGUGAAUGACUCUCCUUAGUGGUUUGUAUCUGAUCUUGUCCUUCAUUUCAUUAUACUGUGUAUUUUUUGUUUUCUGUAAAAUUUGUAACCAAUUUCCAGGUAAUAUAAAUUACAGUAUUUCUCACGUUUAAAAUGAGCCUAGCUGAAAAGAGAUUUUCUUUUCAAUGAUAUUGGAAAAUAUGUAUGCGAUUUUAUUUUUUAACUUUUUGCACAUUUCAUUGGCCAUGCUAUUAACUUUGGUAUUCAUAAAACUAAGUGGAGGAAACUAUUUUGAAUACAUUUUUAAAAAGAGGCAGUAGAAAUAAAAUUAAAAAAUAGAUGAUAAUAUUAUGUAGAAAUCCCUGAAAGAAAAUUGGAAGAAACAAAUUCCAUUGAGGUGAAGAUGUUGGAAAAUAGGGAGUAUUUGAAGACUUUAACUUCCUACAUUAGAGUAAUCAACUUAUUUCCAAAUGAUUAUUUCAUGCUGUUGGUUCCAUGAGUUGUGCUUUUAGUAUAAUAUAUAAUCUCCCCUACCAUUUUAGUGUUUAUACACUAAUUAUUGAAAAGAAAGGAAGGAAUUGGGGAAUAAAAGUCAGGGAAACUGGGUUUACUCCCAUUUUCCAAUAGCACUAACGUAUACUUCUUUAACCUUCCAUAUGGUGCUUUGUGUGAUGAGGGUAUAUAACAUUUAUAUAUGUUAUUAGUGCCUUAUUUUUUUCACUUGACUUCAUUUCUUACCUAAAGAGCCAUAUAUUUUUUGUGAGUGUUCCUUGGCCCCUCUAUUUAAAGUGCUGAUGAGACAGUGUAUCUUUAGAGGUAUAUAGAGGCUGCAUUUGCUGCCUUAACCCAUUGUAUUAUCUCUGCAACAGCCGGUUCGCCAAUAUCUUUUUUCUUAAAUUCAGUGUUUAUUUUUAAGCUAAAGAAUAAAAAAAAAAGAUACUGAACACCAUAAUUUGAAGCCAUUAUUAUUGAAAUGUACUUUUAAACUGCAAAAAAAAAAAAAAAGAAUGCUGAUUAUUAAAAUUUGAAACAGAAGUUGGAAUGACUGUGUCUCUAUAGCUCCAAAGAGGACAAAAUUACUUUACAAAAAGCAUUAAAAAUAAAAGUAAAGAAAUGGAACUUGAGGAAUUUGAUCUGUUUCCUACAACUGGUCUUUGGCGAUAUGUUAUUUGUAAUCCGCUUCCACACAGAUGCUGAAGCACGUGGUGUUUGAUAUUUACGUGUAAUUAUUCACUCACAGUGGGUUUUAUCAUACCCAGAUACUUUGUGUGUUAUUUUGCUCUUCUUGGUUUUUGCCUUUUGUGUUAGCUUUAUAUAAAAAGCUGGGUUUGUUGUAUUCUUUAUGUACCAUAGUAUAUAACUCAACUUUUCCUGAUGAAUGUAGGAUGAAUAAUUAAAAUAAAUCGUGUGCUUAGAAAAGACAAAGACACAGGUUGUAUAUGAAAAUAUGUGUACAUAUUUGACAAAGAAAAAAAGAGGAAAAGAAUCUUCCUGCCAACAGAGAGGUCCUGCUGGACAGGACCUGGAAAUGAACAGAUUUUUUUUUUUAAGCAGUAAAAUUUAAAAAUCUAUUACCUCAAGAAUUGUCAGUGGAUACGUGUCAGUGUACCGCUCCUUGUUAGCAAAUACAAUCUCACUUGCUGCUGGCAGUAAAAACAACCCAAGUGUCAUAUCACACAAAUUUUAGGGGCAAGUCUUUCAAAAGAUGACUACCUUGUGGUAUUCUGGAGUCUAAUUCUGGACUUUCGGUGUGUCCCUAUGGCCUUGUUUGUGGUUGGGUUUUUUCUUUUUUUUUUUUUUUUGUAAUGUUUAUGAUUGGUUGUUUUAGGAUGGAAGGGUAAUCUUGAGAUCAGAUCUCACGGAAGGAUAUAAUGACACUCUACUUGGAUGAAAACUGUAAUGGGAACCAACAAUUUUUAUUGUCACUGUAUGAGCUGGUGUAUGGAUUCCUGUGGAGUGCUGUUUACUCGUAUGAUGCGUGUGAAUCAUCAUGCAACGUCGUCUAGCAAUGCUUAAUAAAAGUUUUUAAAAGAGAA